GUAUGUCAGUCUGGUACGGUCUACGCUCGCCGAGCUGAUGCUCAUUUGUAGUGAAUGCGCCGCGAGUGUAUGUAGUGCCUGGCGCAGAGCUCACAUAUGACUACUAUUCGCCUCGUCGACAUUGGGAAGAUCGGCCUGGGUGUUCCGGAGCCUUCUCGGGAUGACCUCCUGAACGUGGGUCGCGACAUCGUCGACUCCUUCUCCAGCACCGGCUUCGCCUACCUCUCCAACCAUGGCAUCAGCCAGCAGCUGCAGGACGACACCUUCGCCUUCGCCAAGGGCUUCUUUGACCUCGAUACGGAGCAGAAGCUGGCCUACGAGCGUUUCGUCAGGACGGGGUACACAGGCUACACGCCAAUCGCCGGUGACAACUCGACCAACGCCACUGACCCUGCCGCCGGCGUCACCGACCUCAAGGAGUGCUUCGACCUGCGCUGCCUGGAGGACGCCUGCCCGGACGGUGUGGCGCCCCAGCUGGGCCCGCAGCUGCGGCGGAUCGGCACCGCCUGUCGUCAGCUCUCCGAGCGGCUGCUGGCCGCGCUGGACGCCGCGCUGGGCAGCGGCCAGCUGCUGACCAGCUGCCACCGGCGGCAGCUGCAGCCGGGCGGCUGGACCGUGCUGCGGCUGCUGCACUACCCGGCGGCGGGCGGCGCGGCCGCCGGUCGCUGCCAGACCCGCUGCGGCGCGCACACCGACUUCAGCACGCUGACGCUGCUGUUCCAGCAUGGAGUCGGAGGACUGGAGGUUGAGAUGUCAGAUGGCCAGUGGAUCAGUGCAGAGCCCAUUCCGGACACGAUCCUGAUCAACAUCGGUGACGUCAUUGAGCUGAUGACGUCAGGCCGGCUGCGGGCCACCAAUCACCGCGUGCUGCUGCCCACCAGCGAGCAGGCCAGGGGCACCGCACGCCAGUCCAUGGCCUUUUUCGUGCAGCCGGACCAGGGCACGACAGUGGCGCCACUCGACGGCGACCCUCGCUACCAGCCGAUAGAUUUUAACAGCUUCAUCCAAGACAAGUUUGCUUCUGUGUAUCCCACAUACAAAGAGUCCGAUUGGAAGUGUUGAAAACCAUGCUGUAUGAGAAUAUACGUGGCAUACUACUG